GUCAAUCAAAGGAUGAAAGGAAAGGAUUUAGAAGGUUUUAGGUACAUACAGAUAUUCAGCCUUUUGAUAUGCGUGGUUUGGGAGCUUGGAACUGUAGACGGUAGCAGCCUGCGGUAGAAGAUAUUUGGUGGAACAGUGACACAGUCGAAUACUAAAGAUGAAGUCCAAGAGUAAACUGCCAUGAUCAGCUUGGGAUAAAGUUUAGACUGCCUGAGCAGUAAAGUUCAUUGUUUUUUUUACAAGUGAGGUUUUUAGCCAGUUGUAAGGCAAGACAAAUUCAUUUCCAAGUGCCAUCACUGGCAUCAGAGCUUUAGAGCUACAGUUUCGGUGCAGAAAUCUGACUUCAUAUUGAAAACAUGUGUGAGGUGAUCAUGAAAGAUCAAAGCAAGGUCCAACCGCCCUUCAGCAUUGUGCUGGCCACCUUGCUCUACGUCUCAGAGUUCAUCAUCACUACCGUGGUCUGCACCAAGUUUGACAGAAACGGCCAUGUGUUCUGGAUGAGCUAUUCAGUCAUCUUCCUGCUGCUGCCUGCCGUGCUCAGUCAGUUAACGUUGACGUUCAUACACAGAGACCUGGGUCGAGAUCGGCCUCUGGUAUUCUUUCUGCACCUAGUGUUACUCGGACCCGUCCACAGGUGUAUUGAGGCUCUCUGGCUCUAUUACAGGGUGGGUGAGAGAGAGGAGCCCUAUUUCACCAUCUGCAGGAAGAUCCAUCUGGAGAAAGGACACAAGAUGCACAAAGAGUGGGAAGAGAGCCAGUCAGAGAGCAAACUGACCACUCACAGGGAUGCCUUCAAACGCACCACAGUCAUUCAGGCGUUUCUGGGCUCCACUCCUCAACUGACACUCCAGCUGUAUGUCACCAUUCAGCAGUCAUAUGUGAUGCCUUUAAGACUGAUCCUGAUGAUUAUCAACCUGAUCUCCAUCACAUAUGGGGCUCUCGUCUGCAGUGUUCUGGCCAUCCAGAUAAGAUAUGAAGACUACAAGCUACAGUGGCGUCCUACAGCCUACCUGUGCAUGAUCAUGUGGAGGUUUCUGGAGAUUUCCACCCGGAUCAUCAUUCUGGUUCUCUUCAGCACGGCUCUCUCACACUGGGUUGUCCUUGUUGCCAUGGUUAACCUGCUCAUAUUCUUCUUCCUGCCCUGGGUAGAAUUCUGGACUAAGAGGGGCUCGAUGAAUCACAAUGUGGAUAAGGAUCUGACUCAGCUUGGCACCAUAGUGGUGCUGUGUGUUUUUACAUUGCUCUAUGCCUGUAUCAAUGUCUUUUGCUGGUCAGCGUUGCAGCUUGACCUUUACAAUGAGGACCUCAUCAGGAGAAAGCAGACCUGGUACCUCCUGACCACCUACUACUUGGGACGCUUUAUUGAGAACAUCAUCCUCAUCGGCAUCUGGUUCCUCUUUAAGUCUGACUUUGUGUUUUUUAGCGCCACACUGCUGUGUAUCCAGCUGGUCAUCUGCUACAGCCUGGCCGUGUUCUUCAUGCUGCUUUUCUUUCAGUACUGCCACCCCUGUAGGAGCCUCUUCAAGCACAACAUCAAAGACUUCCUGAGCUGUGUCUGCUGCAGUAGAGUAAGUAGAAUAGCAGCUGAAGAGGGAGUCGGACAUGGCUGCCUUUUUCACCCUCAACUACCAACCCCAUCCUCCACUGCUGCCACCAUGGUGCAUGUGACGGAGCAGCCACAUGAGCUGCAAGACCCCCAAAACUCUCACUUCUUUGAGCAGGGCAAGGAGACUGUUCUUGUUGACAUGGUGGAAGGAGCUUAUAGAUGGCAUUCUGCCAAAUUUAGUCAACAUCCAAGUUCUAUUUAGAGAUGCAUCCGGGGAAUACUAAAGCACAAUGCUGACACUGCAGGGUUCAUCCCUGAACAAGGCGUUGAGAAGGUUUGCACAAAAACUAGAAUUUGUGUAUGCGUGUAACAUUGUAGAGAACAAACCUUUUCUUUUUUCCGCUUUAAGAGAUAGGUUAACAUUUGAUGAUUAUUAAGUUCAUGUAAAAGCCUUUUUAUUAUUUGAUUUUCCCGUGUUUAUUUUGGGUCUUUUUGAUGUAUUUAGUUUAUAGUUUGACCAUUAGAGGGAACUGUACAAUUCUACACAAAGGAUAAAGCAAGAGAGUAAGUGAGACUGCAUACUUGGAAUGUUUGCUUACACUGGAAAAUAAACUUGUGAGUAAAUUACACCUAAAUGUUGUAUGUAAGAAAAGUAAAUUGCAGAGGUACAAAAUCACAAAGUGCUGUACAAUAAAAUAAGUGCACAAAUUAAAAGCAACAUUAUACAAAAGCAAUUAUCAGUUAAAAACAAAAGGAGGAUUUUGAUCAGGGGACCGGGGGAAUGGGUCCGGGGGACAGCAAAUAAGUUUUGAUCAGAUGACCGUAGGGGCAGAUUGGGUAAAGAAGGGAGGUAGUCAAGAAUUCUGAAAGUUAAAACCAAAAUUUUGACUUUUGGUUUUACAAAACGGGAACACAAUGAGCAACAGUGGAGAUAAAAACUCCCAUUUAACAGAAAUAAAUCCCCAACAGAACCAGACUACUGAUGUAAGAUCAUCUGCCUGGACAAGUGGUAAGGGUAGGAGAGAGGAGAGAAAGGAGGAGGAAGGGAAGGGGGUUAGUGAAGGAAAGUUUGGUGGAAAAAAAAGACAGCAACUCAGUGACAAUGUACUAAGUGUAUUAAUUGUUUAUACUGAAAUAUAUUGUAAUGUACUUGACUGUACUAUUUCAAGUCAGCAUUAAGGUGCAGUGAAAAAUAUUUAAUAAUAAAAAAUAUGUACUCAUUU